AUGACUGCUUUGGAUGAUAAACUGCUUGGUGAGAAGCUCCAGUAUUAUUACAGCAGUAGCGAGGGUGAGGAUGAAGACAGUGAGAAAGAAGAUAAAGAAGGCGAGAGCACCAUUCCUGAAAGCGUUGGGGAAGUAGAGCUUAGCAGCGAUGGCAGUGCAGUCAACACAGGUCCCAAAGGAGUCAUUAACGACUGGCGAAGAUUUAAACAAUUGGAAACUGAACAGCGGCAGGAGCAGCGCAGAGAAAUGGAACGACUCAUAAAAAAGUUAUCUAUGACAUGUAGAUCUCACUUAGAUGAAGAGACUGAUAAGCAGAAGCAGAAAGAGCUUCAGGAAAAAAUCAAUGGAAAGAUGACAUUACAAGAAUAUAACAUGAUUCACAAUGAUGAAGAUGAUGAGGAAUUUUUACAGCGAUACAGGAAGCAGCGAAUGGAGGAGAUGAGACAGCAGUUGUACAGUGGGCAGCAAUUUAAAAAGGUUUUUGAGAUUACCAGUGGAGAAGCAUUUUUGGACACAGUUGAUAAAGAGCAUAAGAGCACACUGAUCAUGAUCCAUAUUUAUGAAGAUGAUAUCCCUGGCACCGAAUCCCUGAAUGGCUGUAUGAUCUGCCUGGCUGCUGAGUAUCCAACAGUUAAAUUUUGCAGAGUAAAGAGUUCGCUCAUUGGUGCUAGCACUCGCUUUACUAAUAAUGCUCUGCCAGCUUUGCUGAUCUAUAAGGCAGGUGAGCUCAUCGGCAACUUUGUGCGAAUCACUGACCAGCUUGGAGAAGAUUUUUUUGCUGUAGACCUGGAGGCUUUUCUUCAGGAAUGUGGUUUGCUUCCAGAAAAAGACCUAGUGCUCCUGACUUCUAUACAUAAUCCAUCUGCAUGUUACAGUGAAGACAGUGAUCUGGAAAUAGACUGAACCUCUUAUGCCAAGGGCCAUUAGGUGUAGUUGUACUGUGGGAUGUUCUUGUGCUAGGGAUCAUGCUCUUUCUUCCGUAGUGUGGGUAUGUAUUCUUCCCCUUCAUGCACUUUGACUUUUGCUUGUUAAAAAUUUGUUAAAAAUACUAUAAGGGAUUCCUAACGUUUUCUUAAAUUAAUUCAAUAAAGUACACACUAAAACAGUCUUGCUUUUAUGCAAUUCAAAUGUAUUUUACUAAACAUGAAGUUCUAACACAAGUCGGUAAGUCUAGGAAAUUGUGUGUUCUCAUCUCCGUUCUCCGAAUCACUUAAAUUUUUUUUUUAAACAUUUUGUUCUCAGAUCAGCUGUGUAUGGUCAGUCUUCUUACAGGUUUCCUGAAAUUGUGUAAUGUGAAUACCAGUUGGAUUGAGACAUGGCCACCUACUCCCUAAGACAAGAAUUGAGACUGCAAAUUUUAUAAGCAUUCAGGACUUAUUAUUAACCUGGAGUUGAACUGCUGCCAGUUAACAGUGCAAAGUCGCAUCUUCCAUUCCCCAAUUUGCAGUCCCCAUUUUGGAAGUACCUUCUUGUUCCAGCACUUGGCAUCAAAUAUUUAUUCCUAAAAAUAACAACUGCCCGUGAAUUCAUCCUGAGAAUGACUUCAGCUGGAGAGAGUUCUUCUUCCUUUAACCUUGCCUGAGGCUUAAAUGAGAAAGUCUUCUUUCAGUUACAGUUCUUAAUACAUUCUUGGGUUUUAAAAUACCCACCCUUAGAGUUCAUAGUAGUUGCUUCAUCAGAAAAUGAUCUCUGCCUUCUAAGAGAGAGACUGUCUAUUAUAAAGAGCUCCAACAUGUGUGCUGAAUAGCAUCAAGGAGAAUUUUGUUGGCAAAAUUAGGAUUUGAAUAACCUCGGAAAUUCGUAUCUCUGUAAAAUGACUAAAUCACUGCUAAAGUUCAUUUUUGUCUGCCUUCAUAUUACCUGCCUCAGCUGGGUCAUCAGGUGUAUUUUGAAUAUUAAUAACUCCUGGACCUGACAGAUGACUGGAUGGCUUUGUGGGAAAGCAGCCUUGAGCCAGGAGAGCAGGUCACCAUUAGAGGAGUUCAGUAGCCGGCCCAUUUUUUCACAGCUGAUUCCCUUUUCUGAAGCUCAGUAUCCAGUUUCUGCACGGAGUAUUCAGCAGGAUCCAAAAACAUUGCAACUGUCCUGGUUUUCCUCUGAGGGCAGCUCCUUGGGAGCAUGUUUUUGGUAGCAUGGAUCAGUGGAGUCCACUAACAGAAAAAAAUCUUGUGGGGCAGGAGUGAAACCUUUGUGCAGACUGCAGUUUUUCCUGCUGUCCUUUGUAAGAAAUAACAAGUAACAAAGGCCUGCUCAAAAGCAUCACAACAGCUGUUUCAGUUGCCUAGUGACACUGAUCUUAAAGUUCUCAUCUUCCCCAAAAACACAGGGUGACUCCUGCUUCUGGACACUGAGUAAAAGCCAUCCAGCACUGCCUGAGCCCAUUUGUCUCUUUAUGAACAUUAUUGCUACUGAAUGCAGCAGCUGCACAUUAUGCUUCCCUCUUGCAGCACCUUUGUCAUUACCAUUUAUUUGUCAGUGAUUACGUUUUCAUUAAGGUGUGUUUGUUUAUUUUGUUUGUGCUCUACUUCCUUCAUAAAUCAGACAUAAUAUGGGGAAGUAAUUUUCAGGGUUUCUAUUACAUUGAAGUUCACCCUGCCUCCAGCGAGUCUGGUGCUAUGUAGCUGUGAGAUAACCUGGGUAGCAUUUGAAGCCUUUAGCAAUUUAUAGCGAAUGCAAGCACGAAAACCUCUGAUGAUGCAGAACGAGGUAAAGGCUUUAUUGGCCUGAUUAUGGGGUGGCUGAAGUGCUCGAACAAUGUACCUAGCACAAACGAGCCCAUUGAAUGUGUGCACUCUAUACCUAGUUAUUAUUUAAUUGUUUUCUACAUACUUAAUUUGAUAUUACAACAUGUUUGCUUUCUCACGCAUUACUUAUUUUGCUUGUUAUUUUUUAAUUUUGAGGAAAGUAGACUAUCAUUACCUAAAUAUAUGACCCAAUGUAAUGCCAUGUUUAAUGAUUAAACUUAAUUGCAAGUUUUAUGUAAGGCACUUUAGAACACCAGAAAGAAAUGCAAAUGUCUCUGUGUAAGCACUAGGUUCUUAAUAAGAACAGAUCUUAUGAUAAAAAAAAGAAUUUGUAAUUGUAUCUAUUAGAACUGUGUUUUAAAAAGUAGUAUAAGCAGAAAAAUAAAUAAUUUGUAAUUAAAAAUUACUGGAUUGGCACAAAUUGUAGCUGUUUUAAGGAAACUGGCAGAAAUCCAGAUUUUAAAAUGUGGUAAGAGAUUAUUUCUUUUCAUCUCAGGACUGCAGAAGAAAAACGUGAAAGUUAUAUGAAAUUAAAUCAUUGAGCAUGGAUAUCAGCACAUUUAAGAAAAAAAAUCAAAGUAGCUGUAAUUUAUAUUCAGGAUGAGAUUCAGUGAAGUGUGUCGUGCAGACAGAGUGCACAUUAGCAUCAUAAUAAAACCUGGCUUGGAGAGGGGGUCGAGGAGAGCUGACUGCUUCCGUUGCUUUGAAGUUUUAUUUUUAUAAAGUGUUUUUUUAACCCCUGUGGCAGCAAAACUGUAACGGGAUCAAAACCUCUCCUGCUGCUCUAUGUUGGAUGGCCUGCAGCAAGGUGACUCCUGGUUAUUAAUCUCUCAUGCUCAGGUAUAUGACAGAUGGUUUACAGUGCCAGUAGCAAAAAGGAAAAGAAAAAAGGUCUGAAUCCGAUUAAUCAUUGAUCUGGAAGAAUAUAAUAAGCACAAGGGAGAGGGGGAGAGGGAGAAGAUGUGCUAUAAUGCUGCUUCUGAUUCUCAGCACAGGCAGCCCAACUGUGAGAAGGAAGGGGAGGCUGGCAGCGGCUGCGGAGAAGCAUCACUGGCAGUGCUGGGCGCUGCUGUUGCUUUUGUCCAUUCUUGUAGCUAAAUCCUUCCAAACUGACCAAGCAUGCCCUAAAAAAUCCCAGAAUUCUUAAUGGGCAUUAAACAAUGUAACAAAGUAAAACUAAUUUAGAAUAGGUGAGCUACUAAUUUGUAAGUGUCUGUCCCCUAUCCAUUCAAUACAAAUAAAAACUACAACUCAUA